AUGGAACAAUUUUGGCACGGUUUGUUGAUCAGUUGUAUCUUCACGGCGACGGUUUGCAGUUCGGAAGACACGAUACCAAGACGAGAAGUUCCGAAUUCUGACGAAUAUCAAGACGAAAUCACCGCUGCCGAAGAUCACGAACACCAUCGGAUCAUCAUCGUGGUGCCCAAAGAAGUGCCGCAGCACGUGAAUCACGUGCACACGUACAAGCUGGCCGGCAAGGGCAUACCGCUUAUCCACUCCGGCAAAGUGGUGCACGACCACAAGCACAGCGGCAAGGUGGCGCACGAGCACGGGCACGCGGGCAAAGCCGUUCACAGCCACAAGCACAGCGGCGCGUACGGCCACCAGCACAAGCACCUCGGGUACAUGGGGCACAAGCACUUCGGCAAAGUGGGCGUCGUCGGGCACGGGCACAAGCCGGUCCAGCAGCCGCCGCGCCAUUCGCCGCUCGACCACCACAACCGCGGCCACCAUCCAUUGCUGCACAACGCCGCGCACCAGUUGCACUUGCAGCAGCUACAGCAGGCCGGCGACUACCUGGUACAGCAGCACGGUAACGCGGGCGGCAGCAGUGGCGUGCUGCAGCAGGGCGGCGGCGGCGGCGGACGUAGGCCCGCGUCCGGCGGCCGCGUACAGUUCGUGCCGUCGUCCAAGCCUCGGGGCCUGGGGUCGUUCAUGCCGGCCGAGAUCCAACAGUACGUGCAGCACGGCGCGGUCGUCCAACAGCAACAGCAGCUGCAACACCAGCAGUUGCAGCACCAGCAGUUGCAGCACCAGCAAUAUCAUCAGCAGCAACACCAGCAACAGCAGCAGCAGCAGCAGCAGCAGCACGUGGAAUACGACGAUGACGAGAGCGGUGGUGGCCGUAGUGCACAGCCACCGGCUUACAACGUGAUACACUUGCGGGUGCCCGACCACCAUGAACCGAACGUCGUCAAGCACGUGGACAUCGACUUGGUCAACAACGUGGCCAAACUGCAGACCGGCGAAAAGCAACAGCCUGUCACCGCAAAUUUCAAGCGUACGCCAAAUUCGUUUACCGAACAUUUUCCAAGACACUCUACGCACAGCUUUCAGAUAUCGCAUAAUCCGUGA